AACUGUUUAUACUGUGGAUUUGAAGGACAAAUUGGAUAUGCGCUUGUGCCAAUGAUCACAAGGGGAAUCAAGCUCAGAGCGGAUCAGCCAAUGAUUCUGCAAAUGCUCGAUAUUCCACCGGCUGUUGAGGCUUUGAAUGGUGUCAAGAUGGAGUUGGUGGAUGCCGCUUUCCCUCUGCUUAAAGGUGUUGUUGCUACAACUAAUGUUGUAGAGGCAUGCACUGGAGUCAACAUCGCCGUUAUGGUGGGUGGCUUCCCAAGGAAAGAAGGCAUGGAAAGGAAAGAUGUCAUGACAAAGAACGUUUCCAUCUACAAGUCUCAAGCUUCUGCACUGGAAAAGCAUGCCGCUCCCAACUGCAAGGUAAAAAAAUAUUUAAAUGUAACAAAAAAUAUUGGGUAGUUUGUCGAUUUUAUU